AUGGCAGUAGCUACUGCUCCAGUUCCCGUUCCAGCUCCAGCUAUAGACCCCACGUCCAUAAACCUAACCCGGAUGUUGGCACGACUGCAACAGACUCUCAUCGCUCCCUCCUCAGAAACUGAAUCCAGAUUACGAUUCUCGAGCUUUGAGCGUGAGAAGGUCGGAACGAAUAUUCGAUAUGCUAACCAAUUACUUCUACGCCUUGAGGAAGAGGCACAGAAUAUUAAGAUUCCAGCAAAGAAGCAGGAGACACAAGCAGAGCUAUACCGAAAACGAGAGCUGAUUUUGCGGCUAGAGGAACAGUUACAGGAGUUUGAAGAGUUAGGAGAACACGAAACAGACGAAGAUUCCUCCGAAGGCGAGGAUUUACUAGGUGAAGAUACGCCUUCAGAAGAAACAGAAGAAUCGCAUACGCAAGCAUCACUCCCAGAAACUCCCUCUGAGCUCAACCAACCGUCUCCUCCCAUACCCGAACCUCGCGCUCCUCCAGAGCCACAGAGAGAAGUCCAACAACCGACGAGUCAAGCACCAACAGAACCAACAUCUACCCUCCGCUCCCGUAACCACGCCCACGAAGCUGAACGCGCCAAACUACUCGCUCCCACUACCUCCGUCUCCACCGGUGCCUCCACAGGCUCCUCCUCCCUGAAUACUCACACCAAAGAAGCCCUCCUCACGCACCACCGCACCGAACAAGAAUCCCUCACAAACUCCCUCCUCGAUAUGGCGUCGGCCCUCAAAGCCUCCUCCCAGUCCUUUGCCUCCUCUCUUGAGGACGAGAAGGAUAUUCUGAACCGUGCAACUCAGGGUAUGGAUAAGAAUGAGCUAGGGCUAGAGUCUGCUACCAGACGCAUGGGUAUGCUAAGGAGUAUGACAGAGGGGAAGGGGUGGUGGGGAAGGAUGUUGAUGUAUGCGUGGAUUGCGGGGUUGGCCCUGCUUGCAGUAUUGAUUGUGUUUGUCGGGCCCAAAUUAAGGUUUUAG